AUGGCUACCACACAAGCUGUCAACGUUCUGCGCUACUCGGCUCUAGUAGCCGGUCUUGUCUACGGUGUCUACCGUCAGUCCUCGAUUACCUCCACUGCCAAACAGGCGGAAGCCAAUCGUGAAUAUGCCCGCCAGGAGCGCCUGAUCCAACAGGCCAAGGCGGAAUGGAAGAAGAAGACGGCACCCAAGGAGACUAACGCACAAAACGGUGGAGUCAUCACGGAUCCCGAGGACAGCCGGUUCGACCUGGAAGCAUACCUGAAGAUGAAGGCUGGAGAGAACUAA